CCCGGGGUUUAUAGCCCGCCCCGGGGGGUUUAGCCCCCGCCCCGCGGUUUGGGAGCGCAGCAGGAUGCGGGCAGCGCUGGCAGCCUGGCUGGUGCUGAGCCUGCUGGGGGGCACAGGGGCCCAGGGCACGUGCGGGGACCCCCCCGCAGCCCCGUCCCACUCCAUCCCCGCGCCCCAGCUCAGCCCCGAGGAGCGGCUCUCGCCCCACAUGCCGCAGUCCCUGCGCUGUGACGCCUGCCACGCCAUCGCCUUCCAGAUCGAGGAGCAGCUGAGCAAGGCAGAAGGGAAGGUGGGCAAGAAGGCUCUGAAGGAGUCGGACUACAUCGAGGUGCUGGAGAGGAGCUGCUCACAGGACUGGGAGAGUUACGGGGUGCUGGAGCUGGACGGGGAGAAGCGGCUGUCGGGCCCGGGGCUGCCGAGCCAGCACCCCCUGAGCGUGCUGGUGUCGGGGGGGCCGUGGCCGGCCAGGCUCUCCAAGCUGUGCCACGGCUACGUGGGCGAGCAGGGCGAGGCUCAGAUCUACGGCGCGCACCGGCGGGGCGCGGCCGCGCUGCGGCAGCUGCUGUGCCACGGGGACAAGGGACCGUGCGCCGGCCGCAAGGAGCGCCCCGGCCCCCCCAAGGCGCUGCAGAACGAGCUCUAGCCCGGCGCGGUUAAUGCUUAAUGCCCGGUGACCUUCGGAGCCGACUUCGUCCCCGGCCGACACGCGUGCCGGGAGGGCGGUGGGCGCUGUCCCGCUGUCGCCUGUCACCGAUGUCGCCGCUGUCGCUCGACGCCCGUGCCGGCCGUGCCGGCAGCAGCGCGGGCUCGGUCCGGGCGAGCUGGAAUUACUCUGUAACCCGCGGGCUCUAAUGUUUCACCACGCGCUGCCCCGCGCGGGUGCAGUCCCAAUUAAAGGAGUUAAUGGCU